AUGUAUUUUGGCUUAAAUCCCUCUCAACUCGAAUCGACCACUCAUGACGUGGCAAAUUUAUUUAGACGCACAAGAUUUACCUCUCGUUUUGGUUUAACUGGUCUUUCCACAACAAUGAUGGACAAUUUCCAAAACAAUGGCAGCGACACCAAAGUGUCCGAACAAACACAUAAUGAUACAGCGUCAUCUUCUGUUGUAGAUGAUUUUCUUUCAGCUUUAUUUGCUAGUAAGCCAGCAGGAAUCAAUGCGAAUCAGGAAGCUUCAUCUGGAGAGCAAAAAAGCCGAGAAUUUGCACCUCCAGUAGACAUGGGUGCACAACAACGAGAACCAAACAUCAAACCAACGCCUGUUGCAAAACAGGCAGGAUUAAAACGUGACAGAUUGGCGGAUGAGUUUGAAGAGUAUUCAAUACUUAGUAAGCGCCAGAGUGCGAAUCCUUCACAGACAAAACAACGAACUACUUCUGAAAAGACAAGAGGGCAUAAGCCAGCACGAGGAAACAGAUUUCAGCCAAAUAAAAGAGGUGCCCACCAAGCUCAAUAUCAAGCCAGACAACCUCCUAAUAUGAGCCACGAAGGACAACCUCAUAAUUUCGACAGACAACUUUCACCCGUAAAACGCAUGGAUUGGGAAGAUCCAGCUAAUUCUCAGGCUGAAAUCAGCUUCAAUUCUCAGAGCAAUAGAGGAAAUUAUUCACAGCCAGCACGUGGAGGCAGUACACAAUCUCAUAGAAGAAUCGGCACCUCCAAUUUUCAACAAGGCAGACCAGGCCCAUCUUCUCUUCCCUCUCAAGAAAGGUCUCCUGUUUCGGUUGCUGGAGUGCCAACAUACCCUUCUGAGGGAGGCAUUGAUCGAAAAACUCUAACUCCUGAAACUCGUAUGCUUAUUCGACGCUUACCUGCUCAUAUUAAGCACCGCGAGAUCGUAAACCACUUUAGCAAAUAUGGAGAAGUUCUCGAAUUUGUUCCGAAAAAGCUUCAUGGCUUUAUCCAAUUUAGCAAUCCUCAUUCCUGUGCUGCUGCUGUUGUGUAUCGUUAUAUGGUUAUUCACAUGAACUUGCCUAUGAGUGAGAUCCAUUGUUAUUGCCAUGUUGUACCGAGCAUAUUAUUGUUUUUUCUUCUUCUUCUUGAAAGCAAUGUUUCAAUAUGUGUGUUAUAUCUUGAGUGGCCCAACUGGAAGAUCAUUAAAUGGUCAAUGUCAGAUCCUAAAGAUAUGAACUUGUUGUACUGUGGCUGUUAA